UUUUCAUUUCGUUGAAUGUGACCUCUUUUAUCAAAUGACAAUGUGCGUAUUGUCUGUGAGUCUCACUUCUUUAUUUCGUCCAUGCGGAGAAUAUUUAUUUAUACAAAAUAUUUAUUCUAUAAAGAGCUGCUGUUGUUUUGAAGAAACUGCAGCAGCACUUGCAAAAAUGUGUGCGUAUGGUGAAAAUCAUGGGAACGACAGUGGCACGAAAUGUUCAACAAUAUUGUGCAAAACGGCUGGUUCAGCAAAAUUGAUUGCCACUAUGGACGAAUGUUGCAUUAUAGAACACAUAUUCACAUGGAUUGUCAGUGUGUUCGUUGUGUUUAGCAUCACAGUUUAACGAGAAAUCUUCGGUACAGUUCGAUAAAGAUUUUGAUCAGUAGACAGUUUGGUGCGACAACGUUCAGAGCGAUAUUCAAUCAAUCGAUCAAUUUAAGUUUCGCCGUCAAAUAAAUUAAUAGUAAUCAAACAAUUGUCCACAAAUGUGUUGUGUUUUGUUCUGGUCAAAAUGAACAAUAACUAUACCAUCAAGUACAAAAGCCGAUCGGCUUCAAAUAUAAGCGAAAAGCGCAUCGCAGCGGCAUACAGCAAAGGUAGUCAAUUUGACGUAGAUUUGGUUACUUCCGACGAAAAGAUAGUGUCAGCACAUCGCUUUGUGCUUAGUCUGUAUAGCAGAUAUUUGGCCGGUCUACUAAAAGAUGCUGUCAUGAACGGAUUGGUUAUAAUUCCAUUGACAAAUUACACUCACGAAAUUGUGGAUAAAGUCGUCCAAUUGAUGUAUUUUCGCGAAGUGACAGUGCCCACAGAUCUAACGUUGGAGAUGGCUUCAGCGAUAAAAUUCUUGAAGAUUGAUGACACCACAAUCGGUGAUUCAAAAUUGGUACAGGAAGCGGAAUUCAAGGAAGCGGAGUUCAAGGAACCGCAAGGCACACCACCCAAGCGUCAAACUACACCACCGAAACGUCAAACUACACCACCAAAGCAGGCAAGCGCACCGAUUCCAAUGCAGACUCAACAAAAGCCACCGCAGCAAAAACAACCACAGCCACAGGUGAAAUCAAUACAACCACAGCCAAAGCCUCCACAGCCGAAACCGCCAAUGCCCAUUCAAUCCCUAUCAAGUGAAGUCACAAUCUCUCAAACGGAUUCAUAUGUGGCAGGCAAACGCAGUCGUUCCCAGUCAAUGUUCCAAGGUCCAAUACUCUGUUCGCAAGAUUUCGAUAUGGCCGACGUACAAACUUCGAUUGUUUCUGCAAACAAAAAAGGCCCCUUUGAUGUUCCAUUUUAUAAAAAUUUGACCAUUUCGAAGGUGCCAUCACGACCAACCAAACCCACCGACACACAGAUGCAGAUGCGAGCACUAAGUCCAUCUCCGGUUAAAAUGACGAAUGACAACGUUCCACCACAACCACAACAAAAGCAACAACAAGUCCGGCCAACUUCCCCACCGCCACUACCUCCAUCAAACGUUGCAUUAUCACGGCUAAUGCAAAAUCCAGCUCUUACAUUUGGAGUGUCUGGCAACAUUGGCCAGACAAUUGGCGAGCCCAUGGUGACACAGAAAAAUUUAAAUGCACUACAACCAAAUGAAUUGCCUUCAGAGGCAAUGGAAACCGAUGACUUGGCCGACGAGAUCAAAUAUGAAGAAGAAGCCAUGAAUGCCACGAAAAACAUCAUUGACACAGACGUUGAACUAAAGCAAGAGGCUUUACGUGAUCUUUUCCCGGAAUCGCAAGAGCCCGAAAAUCAGUAAUCGAACAAGAUUUAAAUUGAUUUCAAAUCGAAUCGGUCUAAGAACGGUUGAUUUGCUCAAAACUUAAACAAAACUGACUCGCUUGCAACAAAAGCAUAAAUUUAAAGAUUCAAAAAAAAAAUACAUUACCUCGAGUCUCCUAUUUUCGAAUGAAUGAACAAAGAAAAGAAAGAAAAACAGUGAAAGGAAUGCAUGGUUUUAUAAUUUAUAUAACAAUAAAGUUUAUUGCAAUUUUUCAUAUGUGUUGUACCUUAUGAAGAAAACGAGAACAAAAAGAAUUAUUCGAAAUAUUGAUAUUUGAUUUGUGUUUUAACAUCAAACAUAAAUGUUGUUAUUGUCCUAACCGUAACUUUUAUAAUUUCCAUUUCUUAAGGCAGAUUUGACAGGGUUCUCAAUAAAACAAUGAAAUGCUAUGCGAAAACAUACUAAACAUAGUAAUAUUAAAACAAAAAGAAAUAUUGAAAGAAAAUACUUCAAAAUAUAUAAUCUAUAUGUUCAUUCUAACUGGGAACUGGCUCCUAUCAUUCUUCAAACAAACUUAUUUGGAAAAAGCAGUUGCAUUUUGUGCCAAUUCAUUUAUAUUGAUCCCUUGUGUGUGUGUUUAUGUGCAAAUUAAAUGCAUUCAGAUAUACGAGCAAAAAA